UAAAUAAACCGAUUAGGAGCGGCGAAGCUCGUCACCGUCGAAAUCUCAAGGUUUUCUGCGGCGGAGAUGGACAGCGACAUGGAGAUCUCUCUCGACAGGCUUCCGAUAAAGCGACUAGAAUCCAUCGAGGAGAACGGCGCGGAGCGUUUUCCUUCCGACGUUGGCUACGACGACAAGAGAGUCUCGUUGAUUCGGAGAAUAGACUUCGCGUGGGCUUUGGAGGAGGAAGACGAGCUGAAGAACAAUAAGAAGAAGAAGAAGACGUCCAAAGAGGGGCCGGAGCAGUGGCAAUGGAAGGGAAUGGUGGAGAAUCUGCAGUUAGCUCAUCAGGAGCUCUCUGUCAUCAUAGACCUUAUCAAUACCGUGGAAGCGAAUGAUGCAGUGACAGUGGCUGGGAUGACUAGACCUAAGCCUAUGCCUAAUGAGAUUCUCUCGGAUCUUGCUGUGUCUACUGCUACCAAGUUGCAGAGCUACAGGCAUUUAGGGAAAUUCUUCAAGCAAUCAGCAAAAUCUUUAGAACAGAAAGUCAAUCGCGAAGCAAGGUUUUAUGGUGCUCUUAUCAGGUUGCAGCGGAACUGGAAAGUGAAGCGACAGCGUGUACUUGCUUCAAACGCCAGCAACGAGGGCUUCACUAUUGAUCUUUCCGACAGUUCAAUAUAUGAUCCCGCUUCUGGUUUUCGCCCAUCUACACUUUCCACUAUUCGUGUAGAACAUGAUUCAGCUGGUAUGCUGGCCAUUAAUCUACCCCAAGAUUCAUGUUACUCCCUCCGGUUUGGAUUUGUUGGCUUAAACUCGAUUGAUAAUCCAAACGAGUCUGACGAGCACGUUGACUCCACCACCGGCCAGGAUUCAAUAACAGAGAAGCAGUCUGUAAGUGACGACGAAUCUGUUAAAGAAACUCAUUCGUUACUAAGGGAGGUGCAUAAAUCUAUUUUUGCUGAGCAGUUGUUUGACAUGCUAAACCGCGAAGCAUUCAGUGAAGGUGUGGGGUUCAGCAUUAGUGGCAUACGAGAAAACUUCAUGGAAAUGAACAUCGGCCAAGGAGCUUCUUUGUUUGUAUCUCUCUACCCAUCGGGCAAAAACGCCAGCAUCAAGAAGUCGGAAUCUGCAAACAUGCUCAUUGAAUCAUCAGCGGAAGGAGACUAUCGUGUGAACAAGCUUGGGUUCCCUAGUCGUGCCAGCUUUGAAAUAUACUUGCAACAGAUUUUCCACGAGCAUGCCUUUGGCAAAGCUAAAGAUCAGCCAAAGUCAAAAAGCAACAGAGCAUCCAAUCAAACCGCAAAGGAGAACAACUCUGGACUUCUUGAUCAUUUCUGCUUAUCUUUGGCGCAUAGAAUCUUCUCAGCUAGAGUUCUUGUGCAACUAGAAAGCGUGGUCUGCAAGGUCCCGUAUCUUCAUUUGAUAUCUCAUCCUACAUGGAAUUCUCGGACAUCUUCAUGGACUGUACUCAUGACUGUUCCUCCAUCAAUCAUCCCUCAAGGAAAUUCUGAAAGCCAGUCUCCAGAUGGUAAGAGGAAUCUUAAGACGCAGUUCCGGACCAAAGUGGUGGUGAAGGAUGAUUGUAUCAGUAUCGAAGCGGAAUGCACUCCCAAUGUGGUGGGCUUACUGAAAAGCACUUCGUGCAAUUUAUUCUCCAUGAACAAGUACGAAUGCGACUUGGCCGACCUUCCCGUGAUAAUUCUCCAACAGGUGGCGAGUCAGAUAGUGUGUUGGUUACUGGAGGAAGCAAGGACGGUAGGGACAAAAGCGAGCAGGGAUUUUCUGUCUCUGUCGCUAGAGAUAGUGGAAGGGGAGAGAGUGAGCCUUGUGGGACAAGUAAACCCGGAAGAUGUAAAGGGAUGCAUAUCAUGGUGGCUUGUGAUGGAGAAUGGGUGCACCGAGGAGAGGAAAGGAGUGUCGGAGAGUAGGAAGUCGUUGGGGCAUUUGUCUCUGGAUGUGUUGUACUCUGUUCUCAUGGAUUUGAUCAACUUGUGUGGCAGUGGUCGGAAUGCUUUAUUAGACUGAUUGUAAAAGAACAAGACGAGACUCUUUAAUUUGUUCACUUCGGAAGAUUUUAUAAAUUUCAAUAGCUAGCAAGACUCUUAAAUUAAGCAGAAAUGAAUAUAUAUACAGUAUUAAUGUUACUUCAGAUUUUGAUUAAUUUGUAAGUUUUACAGUUAAUUUAUUCCAAUUGAUGAUGAUAAUGUAAAAAAAAAAAAAAUUAAGAUGAUAAUCGAACCUACACAUUUAAUAAUUAAGGAAGAAACGGGGGUGUUAAAAAAAAAGAAAAAAAAAAGGAAGAAAGGGUAGAAAAGGAAACCAGAAAAACUCUAGCAAACGUUUCUUCGUCCUCCGUCGUCUCUCGAUCCCUCCUCCCUUCACGUCCCUACCCCCCUAAUUUCUGUACGCAUCACCAUCGCUUUGAGCUUAACUUCAGAUUUGAGGAGUUUCUCAAUCUGAUUCAGUGAUCAGAUACAAUGUCAGCUUUGUUCAAUUUCCAUUCAUUUCUGACGGUGGUGCUGCUUGUGAUCUGCACUUGCACUUAUCUCAAGAUGCAGUUCCCUGCCAUUUUGGAGCAGAAGACUGGGUUUCGAGGAUUCUUUUGGAAGGCUGCUAGAAUAGGUGAGCGUUUGAGCCCUUGGAUGUCCGUGGGGUGCUUCAUGAUGGGUGUCUCCAUCAUUUUCUUUUGAGUCUCAACUUCUCUCAGUGUAGUUUUUACCUUCUUUGAGAUACUCAGUUUCCUGUAUGCAAGGGUUUCGAUGAAAAAGAGUAAUAUAUUCUCUUUUGGAUGAUGGGUUUGGUCUUUGUAUUUGGAACGAUCUUUGUGUUA